UCGACUCGCCAACACUGAAAUCGUUAAGAGUGGACAUUACAAGUUUGCAAAGUCAUUGGACCCUAAGCUCACUCAUAGUCCAAGGGAAGCCAUGCAGGAUGAAGACGGAUAUGUCACUUUAAAUAUUAAAGGUCGAAAACCGGCUCUCACCUCAGUUGACUCUGCUUCCUCACCUUUGUGGCGUGUGAUGGCUUUGAUUCUGCUGACCUUGUGCGUGGGGUUAGUUAUUGGGCUGGUGGCUUUGUGGAUGAUGUCUGCCACAGAGCGAAACUACCUACAAACGGAGAACAAAAAUUUCUCAGGCACUCUGCACCGGUUGGCACAGCAGUUCUGCCAGUAUUUAAUAAAACAAUCCGAACAAAAGAGCGGCGCCAGCCAUAAAUGCAGCCCAUGUGACCGAAACUGGAGAUACUACGGCGAUAGUUGCUAUGGAUUUUUCAGGCACAACUUGACGUGGGAAGAGAGUAAGCAGUACUGUGUUAACGUGAAUGCCACUUUGCUGAAGAUCACCAGCCAGAAAGUUCUGGAAUACAUGAAGUCUAGGACUGGAUUCAUUCGUUGGGUUGGACUGUCCCGCAAGAACACUAAUGAGGUCUGGAGGUGGGAAGAUGGUUCAGUGCCCUCCAAAGAUGUGUUUGAGCUUUCUGGAAAUGGAGGAGACAAUAUGAAUUGUGCCUAUUUUUAUAAUGGGAAAAUUUACCCCACCUUCUGUAAUGACAAACAUUACUUAAUGUGUGAGAGGAAGGCAGGCAUGACAAAGGUGGACACACUCCUGUAAUGCAAAGAGAUGGGAAGGAUGUCACAGACAGGUGCUUGAUUGUACAGUGACAGAUCUGGAUGAAGGACUUCCUGGACAUAAAAUUGUUUAUUUUUUCCCUUCGUCCCCCUUGGAGUCAUCUUUACAUUAUCUUUUCUACCAACUUCUUGUCUUCUCCUCAUAAUUAUGUCAACGCAGUAUGAUUCACUGCAUCUUCAGACACAAACAAAAAAACACUUUAAAUUGGAAUGAGAACGGCUAGGCUUUCAUCAACCGAAGCUGUGCAAGAUAUCUACGUUUGAAAGACAACAUAAGGUAGUGGAAAGAAAAUUGAACUUGGACUCCGUAGGACGAUGUAGAUGAUGACUUAACUAAAGUACAACCGUGGACCAAAUAGUAGUGUGGCCCCUUUAACGUUCAUUUUCUCAUACUUCAAAUAGAAUAGCACCCAUUAUCUCACGCUCGCCCAACCUAAGAACGGGGUCAGGGUACUAACUAUAUCGAUAACUCCAUGAAGGCAAACACCAUGACUUUCCUAUACGCCCAGCAUUAAGCACGGCUCCUUGUGGCUCACGGGAAGCAAAAAAAAAUAGUCACUUGUCAUCGCGUGAAAAGCACCACAAUCUGUAAAACAUCACAGAAUUACAGUUUGGAUUCUGAGUCUGCUUUGGUCAGACUCAACCUCUGUAAUUUUCUGUGCAAGGAAAAUAAAAGUUUCUGGGCAAGAAGGCUGAUGGGGUUGAAAAAUAAGAAACUGCUUCCUUAACAAGGCCCGUAGGCAAGCAGACAAAACGGCAAGUAAAAAUGUUUUAUCUCUUCCUGACAGUUCUAUGCUUGGUUUUUGCCGAAUAACUCCUGAAGUAUUUAUAGAUACGUGGGGAGGCACCCUUUCACGGGAUAACAGGCAAACAUCGCAUUUCUUUCCCACAGCUUCCUUGAAGCCACUCUUUCUUCUCACAUUGGUGGUAAUAAAAUUUGUGAAUGGGAUUCUCAAACAUCUCAACUGAGAGGCUUGGUAAACCAUGCAGAUGUGCAAACACAAAUACUCAAGGUUCUCAGUUGGAAGGCUGAGAAGACGCCGAGUCCUGUGCUUUUAAGAAGCACUCCGGCUCGAUUCUGCUACAAGUAGGUUUUAAUACAUUGUGAGAAAAACGACAUUAGAACUUCCUCCCUGUGUGGCUUUUGGUAAGUUACUCUCAGUUUCCUCAUGUGUGAAAUGGUUUUAAUAUUAUUACUUUACUCACAGGUAAUAGGAUCAUCUGAUAUGACAUAUACAACAUUGAGCAGUGUACCAAACAUGUAAUAAAUACUCAACAAAUAGGUAUUAUUUUAUACCUUCGUGCUCUAAUACCCAAAGACCCUUGGAUCUUUUUCUUGUCGUAGACUAUCGAUAAACAAGCAGAUUUUGGAGAGACAGGAAAAAUAACACAAAUACCUCAAGUUUCGCUUCUACUUCAAAUGUCUUAAAAUUAUGGUCUUGGGGGCAGAGUAUCAUUAUGUUACUGUUUUAUUUGUUGAUUUAGAGAAAUGGAAUAGGAACCAAUAUUUGAGAAAAUCAUCCAGAAAUCAACCAUAUCUCUGGACUUUAGUGUUUUAUCACCCGCAAAUGGAAAAACAAAAAACAAACAAAAAACAAACACAUAUAUUUAUACAUCACUAU